UUUGGAUUGGUUUGGAUUGGUUUGGAUUGAUCCAUUAACUUUUAUCCAUUUUGACACCCUUAUCCAUACCCAAAGACAAAUCAAAAUGCUUUUCUCUUCCGACAAGAUUCACGAGUUUUAUGUGAUUGUAUAUAUGGUAUGAUUCACGAAUUUGUUGUGAUUUUCUUUUCCUUUUAAGCGAAACAACGUGCUCAAUAAGCAGCCACUGAGGCCUGAAAAUGCUGAUGACGGAUGUCUCCAGUCGGCUUUCACCGGCGAUCCUCCCAAACAGUUUAUCAGUUUCGCGGUUGGUUUCAGUCAAGUACGCCCCACAGAGACUCCCUGUUUUCGUUUUCAGAUCAGCUCGUGCAUCUUAUGACUCCGUUGAGACGAAUCCUAGUGUGGAUUCUGUGAUCGAGAAAGAGGAGAAGAACAUUCUCGCUUGUCCCAUCUGUUAUAACUCCUUAAAAUCAUUGAUUAGUCAUCCCCAUGGAUCAGUAGGAUCUGCUGCCUCUGGUAGUACUCAACUACAAUGCAGUACCUGUAAAAAGAGUUACUCAGCUAAUGAGACACAUCUUGAUUUGGCUGUGGCUAGUGGAACCAAGCAUUACACUGAACCACUGCCUCUUUCAAUCGAGUUAUUCAGGAAUCCAUUAGUCUCUUUCCUUUACGAGAGAGGUUGGCGUCAAAAUUUCAUAUGGGGUGGUUUUCCAGGACCAGAGAAAGAGUUUGAAAUGGCUAAGGAAUACUUGAAGCAUGUUUUGGGAGGUAAUAUUAUUGACGCCAGUUGCGGAAGCGGCAUGUUCUCGAGAUUAUUUGGUAAGAGUGAGCAUUUUGCUAUGGUGUUCGCCCUUGACUACUCGGAGAAUAUGCUGCGACAGUGUUACGAGUUCUUGAAACAGGAAGCUAACCUAAUUGACAAAAAGAUCGUUGUGCUGGCUCGAGCAGACGUAGCUAGACUCCCGUUUCUUUCGGGCUCAGUUGAUGCUGUCCAUGCUGGUGCUGCGUUACAUUGCUGGCCUUCACCAUCUUCAGCUGUUGCUGAGAUAAGCCGUGUUCUUAGACCUGGAGGAGUAUUUGUUGCCACCACGUUCAUCUAUGAUGGCCUUUUCCGUUUUAUACCGUUCUUGGAGGAUCUUCGCCAGGAAGUAAUGAGAUAUUCUGGUUCUCACAUGUUUCUGAGCGAACGUGAGCUGGAAGAUCUCUGCAAAUCAUGUGGACUCGUUGGUUUCACUUGUGUUAGAAACGGGCUAUUUAUAAUGCUUUCGGCCACAAAACCCAGCCAGAUAAGCUCAGCUUCCUGUGAAGAGCUUUAGUCCUCGGAAGUAUAUAUACACAAUCUUUCCGUUGUUGAAAAUUUGGUUUAAUUAGAGUUUUAACAAUGUAAUAACAUGCAUUUUAAAUUUAAAACCUAUAUUGUAAAGUAUUUUGCAAAUGUUAUUUUAUCUACUACUGGCUUGUAUAA